AUGUAAUAAUUAAUCUCAAAAGAAGAUAUUAACACAUAUCUAAAAGGUAUUGGACUACCAAUUGAUAUUAAAUUGUCUGUUUCAGUUGAAACAUUAUAUCUCAUAACUAAUAAGCAGAUAAUAUACAAUUAUUAUUAAAAUGCUGAAUUACAUUUGAAAGAAUUGAAACCAAUUUCACUAGAAUUUGUUGAUAUAUUAUAGAGACUAUGUGUUCAAAGAAGAGGUGGUCUUUGUUAUGAACAUGAACUUCUACUUUAUUAUGUUCUUAAACAUAUAGGAUUUUAGGUGGAAUUGAUUAGAUGCUAGGUUAGAGAGAUAGGUAGUCUAUACAAUCCAGAUCUUUAGAGUACACAUGCAUUUUUGUAUGUUCAAAUUGGAGAUGAGACAUUUUUAUUGGAUCCAGGAUUUGGAACAAGAUCUUAUAGAUUCCCGAUUAAAGUAAAUUUUUAGAAUUUAUCCCAAACUUAUGAAUUAUUUGAUUAAGAACAUUAUAGAAUUCAAGAAAAUGAGACACAUUAUUAAUUUUAACAUUAUAUUGAUGAUAAUUGGGUAACCUAUUAUGAUUUUGAGAAGCCAUUAAAAUUUUGUUCUGUAUAAGAUAUUCACAAUGAUUAUUUAAAUUUAUUUACUAGCAAAUAGUUUUUAGGUAUCAGAGACAACAGAUUUGUGAUUUGUAGAAAUACAGAAUAUGGGAAAAUUCAAUAUUUAUGGUUUAGAUUAGAAAAAGAAUUUACUGCAUUUAAGAAAGUCUUGAAAUUUAAUGAAUGUAGUAAAGUAGUAUUUAAAUCAUAUUAUGAAUUAAAAGAGGAUGUUAAGAAUGAAGUAGGUUUAGAAUUACCUGAUUAUGAAUUACUAAGAUGAA